AUGGUGGCUGUCUGGACUUCGUACUCGGGCGUCCUGCACGUCUCUCGCCUGCAGGCGCACGAAUGGGCAAGGUUCCCGACGUUGCCGGACGUGGCCGGACCUGCGCGGCCAUUGUCCCGAGUCAUGGAGCGUGUCAUAACCCUAUCCCGAGUCCUGCCAACCAACGCAUCACAGACAACCAUAACCCUAACAGGCCACCAAAGCGCCGACCUCUCCCCCGGCCUCUCCUCUCUAUCUCUUUUUCUCAGCGCUACAAAGGCUCUUUCCUUUCUGGGUAUCCUCUCCAUGCUCUCCCUAUCCAUCUUCUCACCUUUCGCUUGUCUCUUGUCCCUUGUCCCUUGUCCCGGCGCUCGUGCUCGUGCUCCCAUCUCGGGGACCAUCGGCCUUCAUACUGCAUUCACCCCCCUUUCCCCUUUCGUCUCCUCUUGCCCUCCCCUCUUCCCAUAUUUCGCCCUCUCAUCGUCUCUCCAUCGCGACAUUCCUUCUUCGGGUUGUUACACCUCGGGGCCCGUUCCCCCCACUCCCUCCCCGGGAACAAGAGCACACUCAAGGCCAGGGCCCGUUGCUGCGCCAGGGUCUGGGCUCGAUCUCAAGGCAACUGAGAUCGCGCCCAUCCUCCGGGGCACGGGCUCCCGGUUUGGUGCCCGGGUGCAAAAGUGA